GGGCAGGAGGAGCCGGCCCCGGCCCCGGCCCCGCUCUGGGAGCCCGAGCUGCGCAUCGAGGGCGUGAGGAUCCCCCGCGACAAACUGGUGGGGCGCAGCCGCCCCGGACGCUACAGCCAUCUCCUGGAUGAGCUGUACCGCACCAACGUGCUGCCUCCCACCGCCCUGCGCAGCCGCAUCGGCGUGCUGUACGCCCCGCGGCCCGACGGCACCGCCGACAUGCACAUCGUCAUCAACGGGGAGGACAUGGGGCCGAGCGCCCGGAGCCUGCCCACCGCGCGGCCGCUCUACGCUGUGGUUGACGUCUUCGCCUCUACCAAAAGCGUCCGAGUGAUCCAGGUGGAAUACGGCUUCCCUUCCCUGCAGACACUCUGCCGGCUGGUCAUCCAGAAGCACGUUGUGCACCGCCUGGCCAUCGACGGCUUGGAUCUACCCCCCAUGCUGAAGCACUUCUGCCAACACGAGUGAGGAACUGAGUGCUGCAUGGCCCGACAGCCCCCGGCCCCCACAGCAUGCCAGAGAGACUUUCCUCUGUGUGAACGGGUACGGUUGGAGCUCUGAGCACCCGAUGUAGCUGUAGGUGCCCCUGUUCAUUGCACGGCCUAGAUGGCCUUCAAGGGUCCCUUUCAACUCAAAUUGUAUGGUUGGGCUCGUGCCCGCUCACAGAAAAGAGUGAGUAAUAAAGCACUUCAAGGCACA